AUGGCUCUUUUCAUCUUUGCGACCAUCCUGCUUAUCCUCUAUCUCACCACCCUCAUCAUUUAUAAUCUAUUUCUCCAUCCUCUCGCCCGCUACCCCGGCCCUACCCUCUGGCGUGCAUUCCGUUUCCCCUUUAUUCUCACCAAUAUCAGCGGCCAACUUCCUCAUCGUAUACAUGACUUACACACCCAGUAUGGUGACAUUGUCCGUGUUGCACCUGAUGAACUCUCGUUCAUAGACGCGCGCGCCUGGCGGGACAUCUACACCUCAGACCGUGAAUCUGUCCGCCCGCAUCAAUACAAAGACCAACCGCCCGGCAAGAAAGCACCGAAUCUAAUUGCCUGCUCGGAGGCUGAUCAUGCUCGUCUUCGCAAGAACCUGGCACCGGGCUUUUCGGAGAAAUUCACUGCACUUCAGGAACCGAUUCUACAAAAAUAUAUAGAUGCACUUUUUGCUAAGCUGGACGCAAAGAUUACGAGCAGUGGGGGCGACAGUGCCACCCAAAGUGCUGAUUUAGACCUCGUGGAAUGGAUCAAUUACCUCGCCUUCGACGUGAUAGGUGAUCUCACCUGGGGUAGCUCAUUUGGGUGCCUCGAGGGUCUGCGGUACCAUCCCUGGGUGCAGACAGUUAGCCAGUUUAAAGCUGCCAUCGUUGUUGGCUCGAUGAAAUUCUAUCCUCUGCUUUAUCGUUUCAUGAUGGCUAUCACCCCAGCGGAUGCCCUGAAGCCAGUUAUGGAGAUGUGGAAGGUCACGGAUGAAAAGGUGGCGGAGCGAGUAGCCACCACUACUCCUAGUACUGCCACGCGACCGGACUUCGUGGGAAUAAUGAUGGCAUCGGGUGCCAUGACACAGGAGGAGAUGGAAGUGAACUCCAUGCUGAUCAUCGCAGCGGGGAGUGAGUCAAUAACGACCAUUAUUACGGGAGUCAUCAACUAUCUUCUGCGGGACCAGAGGACCCUCCGUGAAUUGGUAAACCUGCUCCAUGACUCCUUCCCUACGGAAAAGGAUAUUACAGCCAUCCGGCUGAAAUCUCUCCCAUAUCUCGACGCAGUUUUGAUGGAGGGCAUGCGCCUAUGCCCAACUAUUCCAGAUGCCAUGCGAAGACAGGUCCCGCGGGGUGGAGCCAGGGUGGCUGGGCAAUUUGUGCCGGAAGGGAUGAUUGUCUCAAUCCCUCCGUUUGCUAGUUACCGCGCACCCCGCAAUUUCACAGGGCCGGGUGAGUUUGCCCCGAGACGGUGGCUGGGAGAAGAUAUCAGCAAGCAGAAAGAAGCUUUCAAUCCAUUUUCACUGGGGUCACAUAAUUGCCCAGGCCAGAAUUUGGCUUGGAUGGAGCUACGGCUCAUUCUGGCACGGUUGUUGUGGAGGUAUGAUCUAGCGGGGGUGGAUGUGCCGGCCUGGGAGAAGCAAGGGAUUUGGUGGUUUUGGGAUAAGAAACCUCUUAUCGUGAGGGUUAGAAGGGCUCAAUAG